GUGUUUUUUUCGUUAUGAAUUUCUACACCAAAUGCCAAAGAAGCAGACAAGUCGUUGGUGUGCAUCUUCUUUCCUAAAGAUAAGCAAGUGUAUACAUGGUGAUGAUGUGGCACUUCCUUUGGCCUUCUGUCCUCCUGGGAGUGUCUCUCAACAUUUGUCCAGCAUGCCCUCUGGAAAUCCAGAAGGAAAUGAACCACUACUACGUUUCCAGAAGGAAAUGAACCACUACUACGUUGCCAGGGGGUCAAGUGUCCAGCUACCCUGUGCGUACACUCACACCGUGGACUCUCAGCAGUACACGGAGGUCUUGUGGAGUAUCGAGUCUGCAGACCGAGAGGAGCAACCCAUCAUUUGGUUUACUGGCGGCCGCUUGUAUUCCGAUUUGUACAAACCAAUGGAGGGGAGGGUCCACUUCACAUCAGCCGAUCCCCAAAAUGGAGACGCGUCUAUCAUUAUCAAAGAUGUACGUCCGUCAGACACGGAGAUGUACCGCUCUCUGGUGAAGAAGUUACCAGAACUGGACAAGAAGAUCUUAGACCUGACAGUCAUGGAGGCACCCAGGCAGCCUCUGUGCAGUGUGGACGAAGAAGACAACAGUAUGACGCUGAAAUGCAGCUCUCUGCAAGGCACCCCACCUUUGCAUUACAUCUGGUCCAAGACCAGCGGAAAUAAGGUCUUGCCUACACAGGCCAUUGUCGACCCCACAGGAGCCACCUUGCAUUUCAACAUCACCGAGCGGGAGUGUGGAAGCUACCGCUGCACGGUGGAAAGUAUGGUGGGCACCAAACACUGUGACCUUCACCUGGACUGUUCACUGCCCCUGGCCAACAAUGUGAGCAGUCCACGAUUGCUGACAACCACGGCAGUUGCUGCAAUCGUUGUCACUAUCACCACACUCUUCAUUGUCACAGUUGUCCUUGCCGUAUUCCUCUACCGCAAACGAAAAGAACAAUCCCAGGACAUUGAAUUAGAAAAAUAG